AUGUCCGUCACUUCUGUCAGAGGAGGAGGUCCGAUCCUUAAGGGUCCAUGGGACUUCGAUGACAGCCCAAUCAGCCGUGUUGCCGAGCAGCCGCUGUUACUAGGACUUUUCCUUAACUUACAGGACAUCAAGACGUCCACCCACCCAACAACUAAUAGCUGGACCUUUGAUUACAACCUCGCUUUGGUUCAGAAGGCUGAAGAGCUUGGGUUCGAGCUUGCCUUUAGCCGCUCUCAGUGGCUCCCCAAGGGCGGAUAUGACGGCGAGGCAUCAAUCGAUGCUUUUGUAGCCCUUGGAGCCAUGGCCGCUGCCACAAAGAACAUCAUGCUCAUUUCAACCCUGCAUGUCUUGUACGGCCCGCUGCACCCUUUACACAUCGCAAAAUGGGGCGCCACAUUAGACCAUAUCUCCAAAGGCCGCUGGGGGAUCAACAUUGUCACGGGGCAUCGCACCGUUGAGGCUGAGAUGUUUGGUCGACAACAGAUCGAGCACGAUAAACGAUAUGCGAUGGCGGGCGAGUUGUUUGAUGUUGUUAAUAGUCUCUGGGGUGAGACUGAGAACCUAACAUAUGAAGCAAAGGUAGCUGAAAAUGCCUGGCGGAUAGAAAAUGCUUGGAUUACACCGAAGCCUCUAUACGGCCGGCCUAUUUUAGUAAACGCUACUGGUUCAGCCGCUGGAAUUGACUUUGCGGCCAAGUAUUCUGAUCUCAUAUUCAUCACAUCACCAGGCGGAGCGCAUAUCGACAGCGCUCUCGAGACGUUGCCCGCACAUAUUGCCACCAUUAAGGAGGCAGCCAAAGCAGUUGGACGGAAAGUCAAAACACUUAUUAACCCUAUCAUCAUCUCCCGCGACACGCCUGAAGAGGCAGAGGCUUAUGCGGACAGCAUCGCCGAAGGCAGUGGUGGAUCACAUGGCAGCUCCAAAUUCAACAACAGCGCGAAUGCGUAUAAGAGCGAUGCUCACGGUUGGCGAGGUCGAAAAGAUCACAACCACAAACAGGGUCGCAACCUGGGUGGCAAUAUAGAAAUCAUCGGCUCUCCAGAGCAGGUAGUAGCCCAGAUUGAGGCCCUGCAUAAGACAGGUGUAGAUGGCAUUCAGAUGAACUUUUACGACUUUGCGCCCGACCUCGACUACUUUGGUCGAAAGAUUUUACCGCUGCUUCAAACAGCUGGUCUUCGUAUUUAA